AUGGCUGAUACGGCCAAUCAAAAAGAGGCUCAACUGAAGUGGGCCCGUUUGCGCUCGAAGUGGCAGCAGGCAUGCAAGCUGCCUGGCCAUGGGACUUGGCUGGAUGUGAAGCUCGCACCUUGGGGUGUUGGGUGCAAAGCUUGCAAAGCAGCUGGACUCACAGGCAGCCUUGCCCAGUACGGGGUGAGGACGACAGCUGGCCUCCAGAUGCAGAACUUCUUGAAGCAUCAGAAGAGCGCAAGCCACAAGGAGGCAGUGUCACAGUUUGUGGGCGGUUCCAGCUCCACUGCAGUUGGAGCUCCCCCACCUCAGAGCUUUCAAGCACUUAUAGACGAGAUUUCGGCUGGAAGGCCUCCUGGCUGCAGAAAGAACAGGCAAAUGACUUUUUGCUUGGCUGAAGCCGCAAAAGCUCUAGACCAGGACUUCGUGGCCAAGGCUUCAAAGGUGUGUCUUUUCAGAGACGAGCGAAAAGGACGGUUGCUGCUCAGAUUCCGGGCUGUUGACAAAAACCUGCUUGUCCGAAGUGGCACCAUGGGGUUGGCUAUCCAGCCAGGCACAGGGGCGAGGAACAUUACUGAAGCGACUCGAAAGAUCAUGAAACGAUUUUGCACACGCUUCGCAGGCUGCCCCAACUCAUCACGCAAAGACAAGAAGGCAAAACCUUUCCUGAAAGUGAAACUCUUCAAGCACCUUACAGAGUCUGUUACUUGCAUCGCAGUUGACGCCGCCGCAGAUGAAGUUCUGAGCUCUGAGCUCAUGCGUGCUUCGGCGUGGAACGGCAGCCAACAGAAGCUGACUCCCAAUCUUCGCUUCGUGGUUCGUGACAAGGCACACGCCAGUCGCCGAAUUACGUCUCGUCCUUGGAGUGCGGAUGAUGUGCUUAAAGAUGUUAUGCAGUUCAUGUGCGGCGGCCGGCAUUCUAUUGCUAAGUUGCUUCAAUUUAGCGAAGAAAUCAAGCGUAUAUUCGUGGAAUUUACAACGAGCACCGACACGGUGCUAAAGCGGGCAGUCUCCGAUUUUCGUGCUGCUGCACAUCGCUUCGAAUCACACGCUAAACCACUUGGCCGCACAUGCCUCUACAUUCAUGCUUGUAUCAGAACAGCUCUGCGCCUUACCAAGACUCGCAGCGACGCAAGUGGGCAAAAGGCAAAGGCAUGGCUCUUGUGGCUGUCGGAAGAACGGGCUCUUCUGGCAGCGAUGUUGGCUGAUGCGGCCGACUCGUCCAUUCGGCUGACUCGGCUGAUGGACACUGAGAGCGUUGAUCCGGCCAUGCUGUGCCGCGAGGUGUCUUUGUAUAUGUCUUCUGUGAAGGGACUGUUCCUGCAUGGUGCUUGCUUUACGGAAUUUGGCUUUACAUCGACGAUGUUGGAGACACUGAAAACACCCAUCGUUUUUCAGUUGGGUUCUGAAACGAAAAGCUUUGGUGACAGCAGCGGUGUGCCCGAGGAGAUCAAAAAGCGGUGCCUGGCCAGGAUGCAAGCAUGGCUUAAACUUGCUGAAGCGGCGGUAGCUGCGGAAUUUCCUUCCUUCGAGAUUGCUCAGGCUUUCGACGUGUUCGACCUCAGCGGUGGCUCUCACAACGCCGACGAGAAGCUCCAGCGGGUCGCCAAAGCCUGCAACCUGGACGAGCAGGCGCUGAAAGCACAGUGGCGGGAUGUUUAUCCACGCGCCGAGAGGCUUCUGAAACAGAGCACGGACAUGAAUGCCAAGAACAAAGAUGCAUGGGCCUUGGCUUUGGACCGUUUAUGCCAACAUCACUAUACGAAAGGCCAACACCCGGUCGAAAUCCUCAGAGAAGCAUUGAUCCAGUACUUUUCUUUUGGGGCCAGCAGUUCCGGUGUUGAACAAAGCUUUUCAAAGUCCCAAUGGGGCUUUGGCACACGCAGAAAUUCUGCUCUUCAUUCCACUGAGGAAUUUUCAGUCAAGGCUUUACUUGACCUUCCGGCUGUUGCGGCCUCGCAAAAAGACCGGCUGAUUCGGCUGGCUCGGCUGACCUGGGUGAGCUGCUUCGGCCAGUCAAGGUCAUCAACGGCUGAAAGGGUAGACAAAGGCAGCAAAAGAAAAACCGAAGACGACGAAGAAGCUAAGCCUGCAACGGAGGCUGCUUUUUUGCGCAAGCGCCGACGUGGUGAGGCGCUGGCUGCUGGGCGCAUGGAAGGCAACUCUGAGGUUGCUCUUGACCUGCACGAGCAAGUUUGGACACAAAAGCACCAGAAGGAACUGGAAUUUCAACAGAGGAAGAGGAAGAUGCGAAAGCUUCAAGCCUUCUCCGAGAAUUCUUUGCUGCAACGCGAAAUAGAGGAUGGUAUGCAGCAAGAAUCCGAAGCAUGUCACAAAAACAUGAUACAAAGGGAAACCGCACGUCGAACCAAAGAAAGAAAGAUGCUUCGGGCAGAAAAAGGCUGCUCGCGAGCCGACUUAAAGGCUGCCUGGGCAGGAAAGAAAGUUUAUCUGGCUGUUCCGGCCAAUAUGCACUUAGUGCAGGGAAUAUCAGACAUGGGCCUUGCGGUCACGAACCAAGCGUCCGCAGCGACAGUUAUUGUUUGUUCCAAGCCCGGACAUAUGCAAGACCCGCGGCUUCGAUUGCUUGCUGGGCUGCAAGGUUCCUAUGAAGUCGCUCCUUCAUUUUUUCUGACUGGUCAGGGCGCGGUACUGAAGAGGCGGGCGGCUGCUGCGAUCAAGCGAGUGCUCAUUGUGUCCAAGGCAUGCGCCAAAAAAUGUCCUAAGUUCUGGAGAUUCCUGCGAAGCUGCCUGCCGGAAAAUCACAAGUGGACAAUGGCCAAAACGGCUUUGUCCGCCAUUCGAGCAGCACACGGACGCUUCCCGAAGAAAAACGUCUGGGUUGUCGUCCUUCCCGGCCAGCGAAAUCACCAGGACAUUCAAGGGCUCCCGAAUGUGUUCACGAUGCGGUCGUUGCCAAAGCGCAUCUGCAACAGCUUUGACCCCGGCCUCUCCAGAAGUGGCUCUGCGCUGACGUGA